AUGGUUUUGCUCCAUGUGAAGAAUGGUGAUGAGAGCCAAUUUCUGCUGGAGACAACAGGCAGCAUUUCCAUUGAAGAUUUAACACAGGAAGUGACCAAGAUUUACAAUGGAAGGCUCAAAGUUCAUCGUGUUUGUGCAGGUGUGAAAUGUAUCCAUUUGCCUUCCUACCCACCCCAACUUUCUUGUGGAAAAUGAGCAUUUUCUAUGGCAAUGCUUCCUUCCUAAUCCCUAUGGGUUACUUAUGCCAUGCAAGGGUUAGUGUUUUUGAUGGCACUGACGAGCUGCGUAAAUUUGCUGACAGUUUGGUGUUUUUUUCUGUUAGGAAUUGCUAUCUUUAAGAAAAUAAAAUAAAAGCCUUUUAAUGGUUCUUUGAAUUACCCACAUAGGAUUCAUAGAUGAAGGAACAAUAGACUUCUUAAAUCAUGUCUGUAGGAUAUACUUUAAGCUAAUAUUCUAAUUCUACAACAGCCCAAUUUUUGUUUUUCAGAUAUUUAGCAAUCUCUGCCAAAUAAGAGAGCCAAAGGUGCCUGCUUAAAACAUUUCUGCUUAAGCAUGCCUAGCCAGACAUGAAGAAAUUAUGUGUGCUUUUAUCUCUUUUUAGUUUAUUGUUGGUUUUAGUUUUGAAUUUUUAAAAAUACAGUCGUACUUUGGAAAUCGAAUGGAAUCCGUUCCGGAAGUCCGUUCAACUUCCAAAAUGUUCAAAACCAAAGUGCAGCUUCUGAUUGGCAGCAGGAAGGUCCUGCAGGCAAUAGGAAGCCACAUCGGACGUUCGGCUUCCAAAAAUAGUUUGCAAACCGGAACAGUCACUUCUGUGUUUGCAAUGUUCAGGAGCCAAAAUGUUCGGGAACUAAACUGUUCGACUUCCAAGGUAAGACUGUACCUGUUUUUAACUGUUUUUAUUGAUAAUUGUAAUGUUGGGUUUUUUGUAAACUGCUUUGAACUUUUUAUUAAAAUCAAGAGGUAUAUGAUUUUUCUUAAAUAAUUUAAAUAAAUAAAGGGUAAUUGACAUAAUUUUAUCAUCUUAUCCCAUUCUCUGGGGUUUUUUUUAUAGAAAUAGAAACACUGGCAGAACAUGGUAUUUUCUUACCUCCUAACAUGCAAGGUCUGACAGAUGAGCAAAUAGAAGAGCUGAAGCUGAAGGAUGAAUGGGCAGAAAAAUGUAUUCCAAGUGGUGGAAGCGUCUUUAAAAAAGAUGAAAUUGGACGAAGAAAUGGGCAUGGUAAAUAAAUGUACCUUAAGCAUACAUGACUUUUUUGUAUAUAAUUAGCCAAGAGAGGAUUCUAUAAGAAAUUUAUUUAGUAUUUUGAUACUGCAUACCUUUUCAUGUUGAAAAAUGACUGUAGGUUAUGUAAAUAAUGCUAGUUAUGUUAUUUGCGUUAUCAGACUUAACAUAUUUGCAACGGUAUAUAAAAACCAUUCUCAGGACCUUUCUAUUGAAUCCAAAAAGUGUGCCUGUUUUUUAUGCUUAGCGCUAUAUUCUGGCAAGCCCCAGUUCAACGUCAGUAGCAAGAUACAUACUAUAAUAGACAGUGGGACAAUGUAGCUAUUAUGUUCUGGAUAAGUGAGCUGUUAUAAAGUAACUUAAAUUGGUUGCCUAAAAUGAAGCAGUACUGCUAGGAAAGGGAAGGAGCUCUUCAAUCUUUUAGCAUCAGAUGAGCCUGAAUUCCUCUAACAAAAGCUGCGCAUUUCAUGAUUUGGAUUCAGAAGUUCUCUUUGCAGCUAAAAGUCACUUCCAUUUGUUCACACCCCUUUUCCACCAUUUCACCCCAUUUCAAAGGGUCUUCCAGAGGCUGCAGAGUGGCUGAAAUCAGGAAAGCACUGCUGUAUGAGUAGAAUAUCAUUUGCACUUCUUUAGAACCAAUUCUCUGUCUGCACCAUUCAGAAAUGACAUCAUUCAGAUUAUUUUGUGCCAAUAAAUAGGUGCAAAAUUUAACAUACAAGGCAGUCUUUAUACUUACUAAAUGUAUAUAUUAUAUUUUUAAAAAUUAAAAAAUGCCAACAAUAUCAAUGGGUGUGCUCGGAAUGAAUAAGAAUAUGAGGUUUAAUGAUGCCUGGCUUAAGAGAGACAUUUACAGCGGCAACAUUUUAUGUAAAAAUAUUGCUUUUUAUAUAGUCAGCCUGCAUAUAAUACCAUAUCAUAUUAAAUGCAGAUUUCUUAUUUUAAGCUCCAAAUGAAAAAAUGAAACAGGUUUUAAAAGCAACAGUAGAAGAAGCCAAGGCACUAAUAUCUAAGGUAAGAUACUUCUAUAUUUUUGUAUGGCAUUUGAGGCAAUUAAUUAACAUUUUAAAAUUUGGACUUAAUUUUAUCAAACAGCUCAUGUUAACGUACCUAUUCAAAGGUCAUAAAGAUCUCUGUAUGACCAAAAUCAGCAACAUUUUGCCACUCCAGUGUAGCUGUGGCAGUGUCACAUUGCAAGCCAAUCAACAAUAUCACCCCAUGGCUUGGCGGUGUGGAUUAGAAAUACCAGUAGCUUUGUAGAAUAUUUGACCUUAUUGACUGUUGUAUAUUUUAAGUUUCUUUUGAAUACUUGUACAGAAAAAGCAGUUUGUAGAUGUUUAAUCCCCGCCCCUUCUUUCCAAUCAAAAAUAUCUCAUGGAGUAGAAAUAAAGGUAUUGUCCACAAGGAGUCUCUCUUCUCCUAGCUUCACAUUUCCUUUUGAGGGUGGAGUUGUGAAUUAAAAGUCCAUUAAAAUAUAUAAUGUAAAUCUAUACAUUCUAUUGAUUUUAGUGGGAAAGUGGAGCAAAUGCUCAAUUUUCCCCCUUAGUGGUCAGUGAACCUUUUAUUGUCCUCUGAGUAAACCAUGCUGCUGGCUUGCUCCAGAAACUUUUAUCACUUUGGAAAAAAUGGUAAACACUGCAUAAAAGAGGUGAUUCUGCAUCCAAUUUUGCAUUGACAGCAAGUCUGGGUCUUAUACAUAUCUGCCACAGAUCUUUUCAAUAGAAUUUUGACAAGAGAUUUCAUUUUUAUCUUAGCCAAUAUUGUGUACAGUAAAACAAACAUUUGAUCCUUUAUGUAUCAGGCAGAAAAGCUAAGUGUGGCUUUCUUUGUUACUUGGCUUUCCUCAAAUGUCAUGCUGAGUCACAUUGUGAACUGCAAGGAUAACAUUCUUUCCUCUGUGCUUUGUUGGUUUGUUAAAUUAAAUGUCUUCUGUCUGUAUUUCAGAAACAAGUGCAAGCCAAUGUGUGUGUUAAUAAGGAUAUGGUGAAAGAUGCACUGGACCAGCUCCGAGGAGCUGUAAUGAUUGUUUACCCAAUGGGACUCCCUCCAUAUGAUCCAAUUAGAAUGGAGUUUGAAGAUAAAGAAGAUCUGUCAGGAACUCAUGUAAUGAUUUACUUGGGUUACAUGGUUUCUAAUUUUAAAAAUAUUGCCCUUCCUGGAAUUAAAAAGUCUGUGCUUUUGCAGAACAUGUAGUCAUUUGUGUGUUAUUCGUGUAAUUAUUUGAUUUAUAUUCUGCUCCAUCCCAAAGGUUACUAAGUGCACUAAGUGACUUGUACAGCUUAAUAUGUUUUGAAUUAAAAAUGGCUUUUCCUCUUGCUGCAGUUGUUCUUCUGGUUAGAGACUGGGACCAAAGUGUCCUUUCCCUUCCCUGUAUACUGCAGGGCAAGUAACCAUUUCUGCAGACUUAUUUUUUGAAAGGCAGCAGGGAGAGGUAGUAUUAUAUUAUAAUGAUUUCAGGUUUGUGAAAAUUUGGUGAGUUAAUAAACAUUUGUUAGAAAUCAUGAAAUUCCCUUUAAUUACCAUUUAGCUUUUUUUCUAGGAUAACACAGUUUAUUUGUUUAUUUAAGAUCCAUCUUAAAAAUGGAUUUGAAAUUGGAACAUAAAUGCUGAAGUCUGCAUUGAUGAAACCGAUACCACAUCACACAUAAAUAAAAAUUGAGCAAGAAAACAAUGAAUUAAUUAGAACUGAUUUCCUGUCACAAUGAAAUCUGUGUACCCUUAGAUCCCAGUACAUGUCAUCUCACAGAAUCAAUCACUUGAUAAACAAAAAUCAGUGAUGAUGUUGUACUUAAGGCUGCCUGUUUUAGUUCAUGGUUCACUUAAAAAAUAGUAAGUAAGGCUAUAUCCUCUGCAUAGUAGUACUUCACCAAUAAUUGAAUAUGUGCAUUCUUUGAGAGUGUUUACUUUCCAUCAUCAGCAAUGGAUUUUGUACCUGUUUAUUAUUUUUUUAAAGGACGGAGGGACAGUUUCCUACACUGCAAAGUUUGUCUUAGUCAUUAUAUUUGUUUAUUUUUUAGUGAUGAAAUGGAUAUCUGUCUGUUAGACAAGUUGUUCCCACUGCUAUGAAAAAGUUUAAUCUGCAAUCUGUGUAUUUUAAGCUUCCUGGUGUCCUCCAGAUGUUUUGGACUGUAAUUCUGUGCUGACUGGGGCUGAUGGAAGUUGUAGUCCAAAACAUCUGGAGAUCAGGCUGGUAUAUUUGUUGAAACCACUAAGCAUUUCAUGACUUAAUUUGUCAUAGGCUGCACUUGAGGUUAUUGAGGAACCAGAGGCACAACUGUGGUGGGCAGCAAAAGAACUGAAGAGAACAAAGCAGCUUUCUGACUAUGUGGGCAAAAAUGAGAAAACCAAAAUUAUUGUGAAGAUACAGAAAGUAAGUGAAACUCUUGAUACAUUUCAGUGCAUUUCAUUUCUCUUUUGGUGUCUUGGAACAAACCAUGACACCAUACUCAUUGGGCCAAGAAUAGCUAUUUUUCUAACCUGGGUGCAGUGUAAGAAAUAAUUUUUAUUAUAUUAUACAGCACCCCUUGAGGCACACAUGACAAGGGGGUAUUAGAGAUGUGCUACUUGAUCUCAAGUUGUUUUUGAAGUAUAGGAAGCCUUUUUGAGUGAAUCCAAGGAUGACUAUAAGGAACGUAUAUGGCAUUUGUGGCCUUCCAGAUGUUGUUGGACUUCAGCUCCCAUCAGCCCAAGCCAGUAUUGAUGAUGGGAGCUGGUGUCUAACAAAUAUUUAGAGCAGCCUCUCUCAACCUUGGGUCUCCAGAUGUUGUUGAACUACAACUCCCAUCACCCCUAGCUAGCAAGGCUAGAGUUCAGGGAUGAUGGGAGUUGUAGUCCAACAACAUCUGGGGACCCACAGGUUGAGAACUGCUGAUUUAGAGGGUCACAGUUCCCAGUCUCUGCUGUAAGGAAAGACCUGGAAUAAACGUAUAGGCUUUUGUUUAUCAAUAAGCACCUGAAUAACUUAUUUUGUGCAGCAGUUCUCCUAUACUGCUAUGCUUGUUGCUUGUACACCCACCCUUAAAACCCAAUUGAAAUUAUUUUUUCUCCUGCUGCUUGUGCUUCUUCAAUUCUAUAUUUCAUAAUGGCAAAAUCCUUAUCAUUAUAAUAGAUGAUGUAUGUAUGAAGGCAAGGACCAUAAGUUCCUCUGCAAACAUAGUUGUGCCCUCCUGUGAAAUGUCAUUUAGGCCCUAGCUGUCAUGGGGGACAGGGAUCUUUUCACAACAGGUUCACAGGUAAUUGGCAGGCAGUGACUUAAACCAUGGUUUAUUAUGUCACAGAAUAGUUAAAAGUGCCAGUGAGUACAAACUUGCUUUAUUUUUCCAGAAAGGACAAGGAGCUCCAGCCCGUGAGCCUGUCAUAAGUGGUGAAGAACACAAACAGAUGAUCCUUUUUUAUCACAGAAGGCAAGAGGAACUCAAGGUAUCUAGGGUUUAUUGUGGUAUUUAUGCUGUUGAAAACAAUGCAGGUAAACAUUUUUGCAGUUUUAAACACAUUUUCUUUGCUAUUUCCCCAACAGAAAUUGGAAGAAAAUGAUGAUGAUUCAUUUUUAGAUUCUGAAUGGGCUGACAGUCAUGCCUUGAAAAGACAUUUUCAUGGUGUAAAGGACAUUAAGUGGAGACCCAAAUGA